UUGUACCCCGAGCUGGGUGUAGAGUAACGUUCGAGGUCGCUCAGAAAUCUAUUACACCAGUGACUCUAGUCCAAGUCCGAAGUUCGCGACGCGAACAGAAGUCAAGUUAAAGUCGUUGACAAGUUGAGCUGACAGCAUUUGAAACGAAGCACAAAUACGCUUUACUUCUACAACGUCAACAAUGACCAUGACAGACACGGUAGAGCUCCUCAAAGCCAAGAUACAAGAGCGCGAGCACCACCUCAGAGAGUCCUGGGUGAAAGCUAUGGAAACUCGCCUUGUCCGGGAUGAACUCGCCAAGUGUCACCGAUACGAGGGCGUUAACCACCUCGAGAAUUGCAGGUGGCUAGCAGACAAGUAUAUCCAAAUGCUUCAGGAAAACAGAGUCAAGGGGUAUAAGAAGAUCGAGGUCAUUUCAGCUCACAGCUCCACGUCCUCCGAUCUGACGGGUACAGCGAGCGUGUUUAAAUUGCUUGUUCACCAUCUCCACUAAUGUCAAAACACCCUAUUAGUUUAUGAGACGAUGGUAGCUA